AUGAAAUGGAAAUUAUUUCAGCUGUCCAAGAAGCUCAAAAGGAUAACCUCAGAAGUUUUAAUGAUUACAUGUUGAAAGUGUUGGAGGAGGAUUGUUAAAGAGAAAAAUGAGAUAGUCUUCAAAGCUUGAGUCAAAUUUCCACAUUACCUAGAACCAACAUGAUAGUUAGCAGUAGUGGGGGUGCUCGCUUUGGUCAGAUAAUGUCGAUGACUUCUAGCCCUCAAGCUUCAUCUGGUGCUUCUAGCAUGCAGCUUGUACCUCUUGCUAACAAUCCUAUCCUUGAGAAAAAGGCAGCUGUCUAUGCUGAAGUUGUAAAGAAUCUGAAUGAUGCAAGAGAACAUGGAUUACCAUUUAAAGUAAGUUGA